CGCUUCCACUUCCAGAUCAUUAAAUUAUCCAAAGAUGCGUUUCAUUGCCUCCACUCUAGUUUUGGCCCUCAUCGGGGUGGCUCAAGUCCAAUCGCACGGUUAUCUAAAGGAACCAAUCGCCCGCACUUCAAUCCAACUCCGACCCGAAUUCAACACUCAGCAACCCUACUGGUGGGACAAUACUGGAGUCUGGUGCGCUAAUGCGAACCAAGAUCUCCAAUACUCCACUUGCGGAAGAUGUGGAGAGCAACAGGGAAAUAGUGAUGCUAGCCAGAACGGAAUCUAUGACAAGAACGUCAUCGUAGCCACCUACACGGCUGGAUCGAUUGUGGACAUUGUCAGCAAUUUCCAGGCCGCUCAUCACGGAUAUUUCCAAGUGGAACUGUGCGCUUCUGAGACUGAGACAGACAACUGCUUCACCGUCCUCCCUAUCGUUGGUGGAAGUGAGGAGGUCAGAAAUGGAAACAGACUUUGCGUACCAUACGACAACAACGCGACCCAGGAUCUUGUGGCCCGUGUCCAACUUCCGGCUGGAGUAAGGUGCAACCGUUGCACGAUCCGAUGGACUUAUAGGACCUCAUACCCCGGACCAUCUGGUUGGGAGAGCUGUGACAACCCACGACCUGCUCAGACUUUCAGGAAUUGCGCUGAUGUCAGGAUCCAGUGAUUUCCUUUGAAACAAUCAUUUAUUUGACCUUAAUCUAAAACAAUAAAAAAUUUAUUUUGCAUCACACA